UAUAUUAAAAAAAAAGCAAAAAUUUGAGCAUAAUGGGGAUUGAAUUUGGAGAUAGAAAUUUUAAGUGCACUAACGAGUAAUGAACCAGAAGAAAUUUUAUUAUUUCAACGCAAUAUAAAUUUAUUAAAUUGUUUAUGACGAUAAAUAAAAAAAGAAACUAAAACAGCGUCGUUUUUGUCGCUGCUAAUUUCCUUCUCCAUCUCCCAUAAUUUCUUAUUCGUUUUGUCCCGCUGUUAAUUUCCUUCUCCACGCCGUCGUCUCAAAUAUCGCCGGUUUCURUUCCCCAGAAACUUCUCCUGCAUCAUUUCGGCUCUGGUUUCAGCUUUCUGAAUCCAAGUACGAGAUUUUCAUCAACAAUCAUGGUAGUCUUUUUUAUUGAUUUUUGUUGUUGUAGUCGUUUUAAUUAGAGAGUUCUUUAAUUUAUUCCGACUUGGCGUAGCUCAAAAUUAGCAAAAAUAAAAAUAAAAAACAUCCAACGACGUCGUUAUCCAAAAUUUAAAAGGUUUAUCUUUCUUCUUUAUGCUUUACCAUUUUCGUUUUCACCAUUAGUUUUCCUCCAGGGUGAGGACUCUCAAUCGUUGGGUCGUUCAACGUAAAUUCGAUAGUGGGAUGGAUUUGAUUUUUUUUUUCUUUGCAGCGUUACCUGUUUAAAUUUCAGCCUGAAUUUUGAAUCUCUGAUGGCUCAUUCUUCUGUGGUUUUUGAUUUUUGAUCUGAUUUAACGUUUUUGUUGUCUGYAACAGCCUUUCCCUUUUUCUUGAUCACUUUCUGGUUACUUCCAUCUGGGCUACUUUCAUUUUUUUCUCUCUAUUUCGUUACUUCCAUUUCUAGUUUGGGGGUUGGCUUUCUUUUCUUUUCUUUUAYUUUUUGGUGUGUGAUUACAAUUUGGGUUAGUUUGGAGCCUUUGGAAUCUGAGUGGAAGUGGGGUUAGAGGAGAAAAAUGUUGGGAGUGGAUGUAAGAAGAGGGCACAYACGCUCCAAAAGUUCUUCACCUAGAGCUUUGUGGUGGAUUCAUAGCCUCGUGCCUCAUCAAUAAGCCAUUGAACGGUUAUUCACUGAGGAAAUUAGGAGGAGWAGAAGUGGGUGGAGAUUGGGUGGGACGUGGGAGAGGAAAAUUAGGAGGAGAAGAAUAAAAGUUGGGGAGAGCCACGACCCUCGAUGCGGGCAACCCACGAUGCUUCGAAGGCCAACGAGUUCUCAACGUGAACGAGAUGUGCARCUUAGGAGCAAAAUUGACAAAGUAUGCUCUCUGCUCUGCUCUUAAUUCUUGUGCCAAGACUCUGAAUUUGUUUAAUGGUCUGCAAAUUCACGCCCAGAUUGUUAAAAUUGGAUKUGAAGAGAACUUAUUUUUGAACAGUGCACUGGUUGAUUUAUAYGCCAAAUGUAAUGCCAUCGUGGAUGCAAAACGAGUCUUCUUUGGCAUGAGAACUCACGAUCAAGUUUCUUGGACUUCUWUAAUAUCUGGACUUUCCSAAAAUGGGCGUGGGAGCGAAGCCAUCUUCAUGUUUAAGGAAAUGUUGGUAACUCAGGGUAGACCCAACUGUUUUACUUAUGCCACCGUUAUUAGUUCAUGUCCAACACUAGAGGAUGAUCUUCAGCUUCGUCUUGCAAAUUUGCUUCAUGCUCAUGUUAUCAAAUUUGGUUUUACAUUUAGCAGUUUUGUUAUUAGCUCCACUAUUGAUUGUUACUCAAAACUAGGAAGAAUAGGAGAUGCUGCUCUGCUUUUUUAUGAGACAAGAGGGAAGGAUAAUAUCAUAUUUAAUUCUAUGAUAUCAGGGUAUUCUCAAAACUUACAUGGGGAAGAGGCAUUGAAAYUGUUUGUAGAAAUGAGGUCUAGUAGUUUGAGCCCAACUGAUCAUACAUUAACCAGUGUUUUAAAUGCUUGUGGGAGUCUAACAGUGCUUGAACAAGGAAGGCAAGUGCACUCUCUAGUUACAAAAAUGGGAUCAGAAAAUAAUGUGUUUGUGGUCUGUUCUUUGAUAGAUAUGUACUCAAAGUGUGGGUGUGUUGAUGAGGCCUUCUUUAUAUUCAAUCAGAUGGUCGAAAAGAACAGYGUGUUGUCAACUUCGAUGAUCAUGGCUUUUGCUCAAUGUGGYAGAGGCUCAGAUGCGUUAAAGCUCUUUGAGAUUUUGUUGAUUGAAGAAGGUUUCUUGCCAGAUCAUGUCUGUUUUACUGCAGUUUUGACCGCCUGCAAUCAUGCUGGAUUUUUAGAUGAGGCAGUUGAAUAUUUCAAUAAAAUGGGCAGCGAAUACGGAUUAGAUCCUCAAAUCGAUCAUUAUGCUUGUUUGAUUGAUCUCUAUGCCAGAAAUGGCCACAUAGAAAAAGCCAAGCAAUUAUUGGAGCAGAUGCCUUACGAAUCUAAUUACGUCAUGUGGUGUUCCUUAUUAGGCGCUUGCAAAGUUCAUGGCGAGGUCGAGCUCGGGAGGGAGGUCGCAUAUCGACUCAUUGAGAUGGAUCCAAGUAAUGCUGCACCUUAUGUUACACUUGCUCAUAUCUAUGCUAGAGCUGGUUUGUGGGGUCAGGUGGGAGAUAUUAGAAAAAAGAUGCAACAAGAAAAGGUAAGGAAAAGUKCAGGGUGGAGUUGGAUUGAGAUAGAUAAGAAAUCUCAUGUCUUCUCAGCUGGUGAUGCAACUCAUCCUAAAUCCUUUGAGAUUUAUUCAAAACUUGAUCAACUGGACUUGGAUAUGAAAUCAGCUGAACAUGCAUCAAAAGCACUUUAGUAUGAUGAGUUUUAUUGCCACUGAUAGAAUAUAGUUGUUAUUGGAAUUGAGAAUCUUGUUCUAAAGUAGAAUCAUGUUUGCAGUGAACUUUAGGAUGAGUGAUGAACCAUCAUAUUUGUUUAGAAGUGUGAUUAUUUAUGGAAGACUAUGUAUAUAGUGAAUGAGUGAUUUAAUAUGCUAUAAUCACACAUGUUCUUCGAUUCCAAUCGAUUGAAUCGUGUUCGAUUCCAAUCGAUUGAAUCGUGUUCGAUUUUGAAGUUUUUUUUUCCCUGUGCAAAUCAAUAGUGAUAGUAGUGUUUGAAAAAAGUUCUCUAUUUUGACAGAUAAUUUGUAAAAGUUGUUUUCGAAACAA